CAAAACGAAAGCCGCCACCCCCCUAUCUCCCUCCUCCCAUUGACCCUCCAUGGCUACUGUUCACUGUUUCACGGUCUUCCAUCGCACAGCAUCGAUUUUCAGCUUCCAGGAUCGAUUCGCCAUACAAAGUCAUCAUUUUUCUGUUACUUUCUUCGACCCCUUUUCGUUUACCUCGUAAAAAAACUCUGUGAAGAACGUGGGUCAGCAGUGAUUUCUGGUUGUGCUAUUCUGUCGAUCAUUGUCUUUUCAAUGCCAGCCACAGACCCACGUAUUGCAAAAACGAUUUGGUUGUUUGACCGAAAGUCCAAAUGGUAGAUGAUUUGUUCAAUUCAUGGUAUCUUAGCAUCUCUGCACGCUUCGAGAUAUCUCACGAAAAUGGGAGUCAACUGCCUUUAGUACGCCCAAGUUGUUUGGUGGUGCUGUGAAAUUUUACUGUUAGGCAUAUUCGAAUAGAAAAGACAACCUUAUCUUGUUAUCCUCUUGUCGCAAUCACAACGUUUUACGAUAUCUUCUUCACAAUCUGAUCCUUUCCCUCUCUAGAGUCAUCUCCUUCUCUUUUCUUUUCUUUUUUUUUCUUCUACUUGUGCUGCUAUCUCCCAUCCUAGAGAAAUCUGGCCCCCAGGAAAGGUCACUGGCCAGGGAAGAGAGCAAAGGGUCAGAUAAACAUCAGGAACAUAUGCAAUCUUGAGUGUGUGACCAGGGUGAGCAAGGGAUCAUCAGCAUGAUGAAGUAACUCUUCCAGAGUUCCGAGAGCGAGUGAUUAUCCGGUGAGGGGCACGUGGGGCCAGGCGGUAUGUCCACUUGGAUCGAGCAUGGACCCUGCGCGACACUUAUCCGUUGGAGCUUGAUGAUAUUAUAUUGGAGGCGGAGAAUCGAAUAGCACUGCUGCCCCAUGUUGGGAGGAACUCCAAGAGAAACUUCUACAAAUCUUUGGUUAAAAUAGAGGGAAAGAGAGCAGAUAUAUCUUUAGCCAUAUUUAGAAUCUAAGAUUAGCACAGGAUCACCACUUUUCUUUCCUUUUGUUAUGUACCUGAUGGCACAUGGGCGGCACGCCAAGUGCCGUCUUUAUGUGACUAUAAAUUCGAGGUCUAGAGGUCUUUGAGUCUUGUGCUCAAACGUUGGAAUUCCAGUGUUCAGAUAGUUUUUCUCGAAAAGUUUCGGGUUCGGCUUUGUUUUUUCGAGCACCCGAAAAGAGAAAGAUCAUCAUGGAGUUCAAGAAGCAAGGCAGGUCGUCUUCCUCGUUCACGGCUGACAUUUUUGGAGACAAGGAAUUGCCUCCGUCGUCAUCUUCAACCGGAGUGUUCGCGUCUAUUUUCCCACCACCUCAGUCGGUAGUAGGGAGUAAGUCAAGCUCUGAGGUCAUAGGAUAUAGGCAGAAGCACCACAAUGAAAAUCAAGUGUGGAACAGCAAACAGGAUAAUCCAGUGAGUCCUGAACGUGCAAGUUGCAACACAACCAACAAGGAUGGUUCGAUCUUCCGAGAAGAAAGAGGAGAGCCGUGCCAUCUGAGUUCAUCAAUUUAUUACGGUGGGCGAGAUGUCUAUUCCCUGUCUCCUGGUGCCCAAACCUCUGCCUCCAACCCAAUAUUAAAGAAAGAUGGAGGAGAAGAUGACCAGAAUGGAGCUAAUUCUGUCAGUGGUGCCUCUAGAGGGAACUGGUGGCAAGGUAUGAAUGUCAAUGAAGACGCUGAAUCUAGAGAAGCUGUAAUUGCUCAUCUCUCAAGUAAUGGUUCUUACUUCUGCAGGAAUUCAGAAGCCUGGGCAGUAAAUGAGAUGCGGCAGCUGUAUAACUAGUUUAUCUGUAACAAGAAUCAGAAGCAUUUUGUUAUGUUCCCUUCUGUAAAUAGUAGAUGACCUAAAGUCUUGCCUCCAUGUAAGCCUUUUCAAGGCAUUUGUUAGCCUUGUUACGAGAAUGUCUUGAUAACCCACUCACUGCCUGGUUUACCUCCAUAGAUUUGGUAAAGUGAUGUAGUUCUUUUUUUUUUUUUUUUUGGGUCAAAAGUGAUGUAGUUCUUUGCUCUUCUAAGAAUGUGAGGUUUUUAUAUAACAGUUCAUUGUCUACAACCUAUGUAGUUAUAUUGCUUUGCUUGUAACUCUCUUUUAUUGGUCGACCAGCCAGACCAUCUUAGAUAUUUCAAUCCCAGAAUCUCUUUCAAGU